GAGACAGUACACCCUGCAGCACCUCUUCUGGAUUUUGCUGAUUUUUAGAGAAAACCAGCCCCAAAUCAUUUUCUCAGUUUAAUAGUCAUAAAGCCAUGAACCUGAAAGCUUAUGGAAAACCAGUCACUGCCAGUCAACAGGCAGUAGAAGAUCAGCUAAAGAUACACGCCUUGAAGAGGGAUGUCGAUGUCUCCGAGCUGUUCCUUUCUCAAAAGGGCCUCAAAGAGGUCAUUGAUCUCUCCUGGUUUCAGAGAUUAAAAUAUUUACGGCUGAACCACAACAAGCUCUGCGAGAUAAAAUUCUUAACCAGAAACUAUUGCCUGACUGAACUGUAUCUCAACAAUAAUGAAAUCUUUGACAUUACAGGUCUACGACGUUUGGGUUUGCUGCAAAUCCUCAUGCUACACAACAACCAGAUUCAAAAUCUUGGGGCAUCGGUGAAGGAAUUAAAGGGAAUGGUGUAUCUGCAAAAACUAACCCUGUACCACAAUCCCCUCUCGCAGAGUUCCGAAUAUCGUUUUUAUACCAUUUACCAUCUGCCAGCCGUGCAACUGCUUGACAAGCAAAAUGUUACACAAAAGGAAAGGGAAUCAGCUUUAUUCAUUUUUGACCAUAAAAAGGCAAGCAUUGUCCAGUCAAUAGCAUUUGGUAAAAGAAUAGAUAUUCCACUGGUUUGUAUGACGACAUCUCGUAGAAGACCAAGACUAGCCCAAACCUCUACCACCCCUCCAGAUUCUGAAUUUGACAGCCGUCAAAAUAAAGCUCUGCUCGGUGAUCUCGAAGACGCUGCUUCUGUGAGGGCAAUGAAGAGAUCUGUAAUGCAGUUUUCCACGGUGGAUUGGAAGUCUAUUCCCACACGAGAGGAGAAACACCUUGGAAUUAAACCAGCAGAACCUGCUCAACUUCUGAAAGUCCUGUUCAGAUAAUGCCUGGUACAAUUUAGUGCUCACAAACUGAGCAUUCUUUUGAUUGUUUAAAGUCACUUGCAUUUUCCAUCACCAGCGACUAUUUAAAUAAACGUGCG